AAUAUAGGGUUCGGUACACUGAGUCGGGCCUCUUUCUUCAGUCAGGGAUAUUGAUCUCAUAUCCCUUCACCGCCUUUCCACUAUUUUUUCCAAAAUGUUUGCUAUACUGUGUGCUAUGUUGUUCGAAAAUGGGUUGUUUUGUGAAAUCAUCUGCCAACACGUUGAAUGCACUUGAUUCUGACAAACUAACAUUCUUUAACAUAGAGACCUAGUACAUUUUCCUGCCAAAUAUAUCUCCUUGCUCUCUGAGUGGUAGGAUAUCUCGGUUCUUUCCUGAAAGCAACAAUAUAACUAGAGGUUAUCCAUACCUACCUACAUAACUUGGGAAAACACACAUCCGACGUGUUGACAUAGGGGGCUGAAGAGGCCGCCCAAUAGCGGUCGAAUACGCGUGCAAGCCUGGACUAAUUUUGCAUCGUACUUGCUACUCAGUACAGCAUUUGUGCAUCCCAGCUGAGCUGACGGGAACUGGGAUUGAUAUGCCCAAAUUCCAAACAGGGCGGCAGCGGCAGCGUUAAAUGUCGGUGCGCUAAUAUAAGACGAUACCACCAUCAUGACGUCCCUCCCCAAGUGGCAGCCGGAAAGCUUGGUUCGUAAAAAUGGGAUGACGGAAGAUACGAGCCUAUCCACGUUCCGAUCUCGUGAGGAAACAGGAACGAGGAAACAGAGCCUUCUUUUGAAAGUGAGGCAACAAGCCGAAUGGACGAAAAUCUCGCGGUUAUUAAUUAUUGUCCAGGCCUGUGUCGUCUGCGCCACCACACAUCUGGAUUAUGGCAGUGUUUGCAGGGGUUCAUGUUCUGUGGAAUUUGAUUUUGACAUGCGUUGUGUUCGUUCGAAGACAAUUAGCGUACGGGGAAAGGCUGUGUGUGACCCCUUGGGUCCCUUAGACAGGGCUUUGUCUUUGUGAUGACAAUCAAGUUACAGCAAAAUGUGGCGAUACUACCAAGGGCUUAAAUUCCUGUAUAUUUGGAAUAAUUCAGUCCGUGAUUUGUGUACUAUCACGAACGGCUCAGUCACGCAUAAAUAUCUGGGUUUUUUUUUUGUUCCAAACAUCAAUUCUUCGAAAAGAAGAAUAGAGGAAUUUAGAAAGGCUUGCCCCACCAGUCAUAAUUGGUUCCAUCGAUGCCAGCAUGCCAUUUGCGAGCCACACUCCGGCCUGGUAGGUUAUAAAUUAAUAUAUGGCAUGGAACACUAACUUCCUACUAAAGCAGGUAAUCAUGAUUCUGCAUGAUAGAUUUAUUGUUUAAGCCGCUAGAACAACCCACUGAACUUUGGCUAAAAUCCACUAGAGUUGGCGAUUACUUCGACUCAGGAGGACGACUACUGGGUGAGACCAAUCACUUACGUACAAGCUGCCCAAUUUUCACCCCAAAGUGUCUCUUUUAAACAUAACGACGCACGAACCUUCGACAGCGAGCUCACAGAGCGCACCAACCCACCCAUCAUCCAGAUGUGACAGGAUAUCCAAACAUCCUCCGUGUUCUAGAAACUAUUAGAAACCUGCUGCAGUGGACAUUGGCUUGCCGAUCCGAACCCCCACUCCAUCUAUUGUUCAGCCUUGCGCACCACGAAACCACCGAAAGAGAAAAUCCCGAGUUUGGUAGGGUUUCGGUGAGAGAUCACUAUCUAAAUUUGAGGCGGAAGGCGAGUGUUUUGAAUGCCAAAAGUAGGUAGCGCAGCCUGGCGCACUCUGUGUCCAAGGGUUUAUUCAUUAGAAGCAAAAGUCUAGUGAGGCUCAAUUCCCAUUCACCGGUCUCCCUUUGUUUCAUUUUUUUCUCUCCCGCUGUGAUCUCCUUGCUCCUAGUUGUUUUACAGUGUAUUCUUCAGUGCAUGCAGAGAUUUACAAUUUCUCGUAUGUUUCUCUACACUGCACGCCACCGGUUCAUGCAUAUAUAUGCUCUACCCUCACCGAGAAGCCGGAAAAGAGGGUAUUUUAGCGGGACCUUGGUGGGAAGCCUUCUAAUCCUCAAACCCGUGAUGGAUCUAGAUGAGCGGCUUUCUGACCGAAAUAGCCAUCCAUCCUCAUAACGUGUUAUUCUGAUUGUCAUCCUCCGGGCAUUGUCAUAUGAUAACAACCAAAGCAUGAGGCGGUAUUGUUCUCUACUAAGAGUCCAACUCGUGAUGGCUCUUAGCUCUCUAGCACGUCAAAUCAGUGGAGGCACGGCGCGUUUUUAGGUUUAGUUGAGUUGCCAGCGGAGAUGCCGGUUUCCUUCCGCUGUAGCUCGUAUGCAAUAAUAAUAACAGGGUUUAUUAUCAACUUCAUGCCACUGCCAGUUGUCAAAGAAUAGGAGAUUUAUCAGGUCGUUCAACAAUCAGGUGCCUGUUGUGGAUGAUAAUGGUAGGACAAGGGCAAAGGCCCCUGAGCCGUGCUGGUGGCGUUAUAGGCAGAUCAGCUUGAUGAUUUUAAGGUGACACAGGAGGAGUGAAAGGACCUCAAUAUCACACCGAAAAACCCACUUCUCAUUCAGGCUUUUGGCGGCAUCCGCGUCCUUAACUUCAACAAAUGGCACCAACAACCGUAACAGUUCCUAUGAAGAAAUAUAUAUAAUUUCAG